CUUCCUGGUGCUAGAACAAACGAACAUAGGCGCUGUGUUUGUGUCGCAAUGUCUUCACGCGUAGCAUUCCUGAAGCAAAUACAAACGACAAAUGAAUGAGAGACUGGAGGGCAACAAACGACAAUCUUACAGGAAAAGAAAUGAUAAAGAACAGUUAAGCAUAUGAUUUCAACAAGCAACCACAGCCAUAGGCUUUCACUAUAGGACACUAUAGGACUGUCACUAUGCUGCCUCCACUCCAACUAUUUUUUCUAAUGCCUCUAAUUAAGCCAAUCACAAAUCAUGGUCAUGGGAACUCUCUUUCUCCUCCAAUCACUCAUUCAAAUCACAGCCUAUCUUCUCAGACUUACAUGCUUGUCAGAAAAUCUGAUCACAGAUUGGAAGCCAAUGCUGUAAGACCAUUUCUUCAUGGCUUCUAUCAGAAAAGUGUCAUUAAAUCAAGUGGAGAUUCAAACAAAUUGACUGAAAUCAGAAGUACUGAGGACACAUUGUCAGAAAAAACAUCACAUAGUGACAUAACUGGGUCAAGAGGUAUAUUUUUAUUAUCACCAAAAAACAGAGUCAAAAGAGGUCCUUCCCAAAAUGCCAUUACACCACAAGAUGCUUCUGGAAACGAAAAUGAGACCGCUGAUGAGUCAAUGACAGAAGAACCACUCAAUGAAUUUAAAGAGAAAGACUUAUCAACAGUUGGGCCAGGUGAUAUGUUAACACCUAGAGAAAUUGGCUUUGUAGGAUUAUCAACAAAGCCAAUAACAUCUCUUGAUAAAAAGCAUACUCAGUACAGACCACAAGUUCAAACUGCUUAUAGUGUGCUAGCUAAUUUGACAACAGUACAAACAAAUUCAACAAUCAACUCUUUACUUGGGAGCAGUCCUUCUACAACCUCACCACAUAAUGAAAACCCCGUAUCCGCUUCCAGUAGGAUUAGGCAGUUGGACGCCAACAGGACUGAACUGGAAAUAGGUAGGUUGGAGACAACCACUCCAGCUAAAAUUCAUCCAAAGCAGUUUACCACUUUACAGUCACAAACUGAAUCCACCUCUCUUAGUACAAGGACAACCAAUCUACAACUAGAGGUACCAUUACUGGGAGUGGACAUCAUUACCAACUAUACACAACCAAAAAGCACUUCACAGUCAGCAAAAUCAGCAAAAAUGCCCAAUGACCAGUCAAAGGAGCCAGGAAUGAAAGGAACAGUGUCUGAUAUAAAGAACACUAAAGACAUACCCACUUUUCUAAGGACUGCCUCCCCUCACCCAGUUGGACAGGGUCAUUUUCUAUUCUCAGAAAAUGAUGGAAGAUUUACAGAGAAGGACCAUUUAGUCUCACAGGGAAUAAUUCCAUCUCAGAAGUCAAACCCUGCCUCUCCAACCUAUGCCCAACCCAAGGACCCCUGUGUUUCUAAUGUGGCUUCCUGUGUUUUUUCCAAAGAUCAAAACAACAAUGAUAAAUAUGUUGCAACAAAUGGGAGCUUUUUAGUAUGGGCAGACUUAAAACGCACACUUUCAUUUGCAUGGGAGCUGCAUGUUUUUGGUUCUGCUGCCCUUUUCCUUCUGUUAACUGCUGGCUCAGCCCUUGGUUUAGCAUUGUCUACCAGCUUGAACUGCCCCCACCGUGCUGAACUGAUACUCACCAAUAGCCUCUUGCUAGUUGCAGGUGCAGUUAGAGCAGGCCACUUCUUGCUCGACCCAUAUGGGACUCGGCUCCUCCUGCCACCUCCUGUCAUAAUAGCUUCAUACACUCUGCCUUUACCACUGUUAAUUCUGGCACAGGCUGCUUUAGUGAUACUGGUACUAAAUGAAACAGGGGUAACCUGGCUUCCACCAACACUUCAGCGUCCCCCUCUUUUAGGAGUGUUAGCUGUUUUCCAAUGCACUCUCCUACUUGCUGCAGACUUACUCUCCCCUGCACUUUCCCCUGCUGUUCCCAUUGUCCUUCAGAGCCUCACAUUGACUGCAGGCCUGGUACUGUGUUUAGGCUACCUUUUCUUGGCACUGCCAAGCUUCUCUCACACACAUGCAGCUCGGGCAGGGAAUAAGGGUACAGGUGAAGGAAAGGUGCGGGUUUUAGCACGGGUACUGGCAGUGUGCGCUCUUCUUGGGGUGCUGUGCUGUUUGUUGCACAUUUAUGUCUGCUUGUGGCUGUAUGGACUUCUAGGAGACUGGAGGCGCUUUCGUUGGGCAUGGUGGCUCUGUCAGUUCUGGCUACGACUGUUGGAGCUUGCCUGGGCUUUCUGCCUACUUCUGAUGUCUUCCUGGGUUUUCUGGAGACCCAAUGGAGGAACACCAAGACAGGAAGGAGCUGCCACAGCAAGCUUGCCCUCACCCUCUCAAUCAUCGAACUCUGCAAGCAGACAUACAUGUUGGGCGAAGAUUGUUCAGAGCCUCAAGGUAAGGCAACAAAGGAAAUCCGAAAGCAAUGGGAUAGGAGGGUCAAAUAGUGGUGCAGGGGCUGGAGAGUUGCCCAAUAACUGGGCAGGACAGGAGCGAUCUGGGGCAGACAUCAGCAAGAGCCUCAUACGAAAUCGUGAUCCACUUAAAGACAGCAAUCAUUUGCGCAAUCUGAAAGGCUUUGCUGGGGGCUCAGCAGGUUCAUUGCUAAGGCUGCAGGCACUUGCUCAGCCACCUCAGCGCUCCUUAAGUAGCAGUUUGGACAGGGACAAGGAGUCAGCCAUCUCUCUCUGUGAUUUUGACCUGCGCCCACCAACCCCAAUUGACCUUGGCCGCAGUAUUGAUGAGGCACUUCAUCGUGAGCAUCUAUUAAGGGGUGAAAGUUUGUUCCAGCCACUUCGACUGCCAUCACCUCCUCCGUCUCCAAACCUGUGGAUGAGACGGAAUAGUGACCCCCAAAUCACAUUGUCACUGAGCAGUGAUGAACACACAUUGCUUACAGAGUCCUCUGCAGGUCUGGAUCGCUCCAUUCCUAGUGCUGUGCCCAGCCGACAAGUCACAGCGCCCCCCACACCCACUCAUCAGGGCUUUCGUUGGGUCUCUGAGGCACAAGUGCCUUCCUCUUUGUCCUGCCCGGUUUCACUGCACCCUUCCCCAAGCACAAGCCAUGUCCUUGUGCCCAGUGCAGAAAACACAAGGCCAUUUCUAACCCCUGACCUUGACAGUUUGCAAUCAAAUACCCGAGGGGGGCAAAGUUACUUGAAAGUCGCUCGAAAUGAUGACUCAGCCAGUGUCAGCAGUGACAUUAUUGACCUUUGAACAUGCACAGAAACUCCAGAAUACAAUACAUUCAGAUUCUCCAAAAAGUAUAGAUUAUACAUUUAAUCAUGACUUGCAGUUUAAUUGUUGUAUAAUGGCACCUAAAGAGGAGGAGGAACAUACGUGACUUCAUUAGAUUUCAUUAAGUGGACUGAAAUGUUAAGCACUGGUAAUAUUGUUGUUUUCUUGUUUACAGUACUGCACAUACUAUAGAAGUCUAUGGGCCAAGGCAUACCAGAAGCAGAAAUCUGAAGCUUGUAUUGGCUAUGUCUUUUUGUAUUGAAUUUGUCGUUUUAGUGGUGGGACCACUAUUUUAAGCAAAAUAACCUCUAGAUGUGAGUGUAUGUAAUUUCUGUUGGUGUAGUUGCUCUAUGUAAAAUACUUUAGCAAAAAGUUAAUAGUCUCCUGUUGUUACGUGUUAUAUUUAAGUUUUGUGGCUAUACUUUGCAGUAGUCUGUAUAUUUUAAUGUUUAUUCUGGUGUAGUGCCUUGUCCCAUAGAGUCCCAACCUAAGUGCUACCUUAGCAUGCAUUGUAAGAGCUGUGUCUGGACAUUGUUUCCCCCAACCCCCCUCUCUUUUGCACUGUUUUUGAACAGAAAUUAUACUGGAUGUGCCAGAACAUGUUGACUUGCUGGCUCAUGCUUUGUACUUACAGUUCAUUCAUGCAAUGCAGCAUAACUAAAACAUACUAUUCUCACAACUGGAGUUAUGUUUAGUAAAAUAUUUUUUUAUGAAAGUGACAGCAAAGCACACCAGACUUUGGUGGUUGGCAUAUUAAGUGUAGUCAAAAUUUAAACACAGCUCAACUCAUCACUACUAUUUAAUACAGAAGAACUCUUUUGUGAGCAAUAAAUUAUAAAAAGCUGUGAGUAUAACAUAAACAGAUUAUGUAUAUACUAUUUUUUUGUUUGUAAAUAAUUAUAUAUUCUGAUUAUAUUUAAUGGAUUUACUGUGAAUGACAAUCCUUCCUACUGCAAAAUAUACCAAUCCUGGCAGAAUAAGGACUAAAUAGACUAGAUUUCUCCAGGCAUAUCUGUCUGUAGGACAAAAACUGGUACAAAUCCUGAGAAAUGUUAAUGUGCACCAUUUAAGUGUGACAUGAAAGGAAAUAACUAUAUGCUUUGUACAUGUUGUUGUUGUUUAGUUUAAAAGUUUUGUUUCUCUCCCUUUCAUUUUUAAAAUGGCAAGGAAUGGUUUUAAUAUUACAUUAAUAUUUGCAAAUAAACAGGAUAUUGUAUAUAGAUAUUCACAUAAAA